UGUAGUAAACCAGAUGGUCACUCAGUUAGCUGGUAAAGGUUAGCCAGAUUGCUAACUCAAAUCGAGUUUUGCAUCAGCGUUAUCGCAAAUAUUUAAAAAGCGGAAGUGGCUCUAUUUCUUCUUGAAGGGAGUAAUAUCUCAGGUUGCUGUGUGACUCAGUGGGUUUUCACAUGCUUUGACCCUGACUUGCCCUGAAGUACACUUUGAUGCACGUGCACAGACUUCUGCUGACCCACACUCUAAUCUUCAAAUCAAUCCAAAUACUGCAGGUACACCACUUCCAACACACACUGACUGGCAGCAGCAAACGCAGUUGCAGACCUACUCUGCCUCUUACCACAAACUGAGCUACUUGAAACCAUAAUACACAUAUUGCUACCCCUCUCCUCCCACCUCUUCUGCUCCUCCCCUCUGCAUACCUCUGGAGCUGUGCAGAUUUCUGCUCUUCCUGAAUUUUGAAUUUGUGCAAGCCACAGUGAGGAACACUUCUACUCUCCCGCUGAGUUACUGAGCCGUGCACACUGGUCAAAAGAUGGCCACAGGAUAAAACAUAUUUUUACCACAUCAAUUUUUUGGACACAUUAAUCUCAUUUUAAUGAUGAUUCCUGCCUCAUCCUCAAUCAUUUUCAGUUCUUUGGUUUCAAACGCAGAACAUGCUGACCAGCAGAGAUGCUUGCUAAUUACUCUUUCUGGAUAUCUUGGGCUCCUCUUAAACAGCGAGUGAUCAAGAUGAUAACCAUGGACAUUAGAUGUUCUUUUAGCAUAUUAUAACAUAGUAGAGCGUGCUUACAUAUAAAAGAAAAUAGCAAUAAGUGGUAUACACUAAUAUAUAGCGACCAUCAAGCAAAAUAAAUGGUUCCUCUGAAGUCAAACCAUGCUGAAAAAGGCGAAGAAGCAGAGGAGAGGGAGACUUAUUGCCUUCCGGAGAGGAGAAAACCUAAGGAAGAAGUAGAAGAGAAUGAGAGUGAGAGUGAGAAGGAGGUGGAGGUGGAGGAGGAGGAGGGCAGAGGCAAGCGGAUCCCUCUGCAUCGAUGGGUAAUGAAUGGGGCAGUGAUGUUUGGACGUGAGUUCUGCUACGCCAUGGAAACAGCUUUGGUGACGCCAGUGCUGCUGCAGAUAGGCCUUCCUGAGCAAUAUAACAGUUUAACCUGGUUCCUCAGUCCCAUCCUUGGUCUCAUCUUCACCCCUGUGAUCGGCUCAGCCAGUGACCGAUGUACUCUGCGAUGGGGCCGGAGAAGACCAUUCAUCCUGGCCCUGUGUGUAGGUGUGCUGCUGGGAGUGGCACUGUUUUUAAAUGGAUCAUUAAUAGGCCUCUCCAUUGGUGAUAGCCUAGGCAGCCAGCCAAUCGGCAUUGUCCUUACUGUAUUAGGUGUGGUGGUGUUGGACUUCUGUGCUGAUGCCUCUGAGGGACCAAUCAGAGCUUACCUUCUGGAUGUUGCUGACACUGAGGAGCAAGAUAUGGCCCUGAAUAUUCAUGCCUUCUCUGCUGGGCUUGGUGGAGCAGUGGGCUACAUGUUAGGUGGUCUAGACUGGACUGGCACAGCUCUGGGGCAAGCAUUUAAAUCACAGGAACAGGUCCUCUUCCUGUUUGCAGGCAUCAUCUUCAUUAUAUCUGUCACACUGCACAUGUUCAGUAUCCCUGAGCGACCUUUCACUCCAUCCUACCAGCUUAAAGCCACAGGAAGUGGGGAGUCUACCAGCCAGUUGUCUUUCAAGCCCGUUGGCCACGUGCCACCUUCACUUGAAGUGAUUGCAGAGGAGGAUGCUUCUGCUCAAGCCCCUUUCAGAGAGGAUGACGAAUCAGAUCCUGAGGAAGGGGAGAUGGAUUUUCUUGCGGUGGAGCGAGUGCGGAGUAAGAGUGACUCAGUCUUAGCCAUGCCAGAUGCUACGAUUGAGUUGGAUUCCGACCUCGACCCAGAUGCGCAACUUUUCCUGCCAGAAGUGCAUCACUUUCUACCAGAGACGCAGGGAGAGCUAGAAGAUGCUUUCAAUCCAUCAGAUCACAAUAUUUGCUCCUCAUCUCCACAGGCCCUUACUGAUGUGAUGGUCUUAGAACCUAAAAGUCUUGUUUUUCCCGAACAUAAGGAUCCAACAAACUCUAAGAUGAGUUCUGGCUCAGAGAACUCGCACCGUAGACAGCAGGUCAGGGCUGCCAAUGGUCUCAAUGCCUGUUCGUCCUCUUCUGAUCACUCCAAUGCAAUAAAAAGCCAUGCUUCCACCAAGCCUGGGAACCGCCCCUCCAACUCCUCUGUUUCAUCACAGCCAUACAGACACACCUUCUACAGACAACCUUCUUUUACUUUCUCGUACUACGGACGAGUAGGAUCGCAGCGCUAUCGACUUCGACGGGCAGCACCAUCGAGCCCUCAGCGAAUCACCACCUCUCGCAGUCUUAAUGAUCUGAGUGACCUCCAGCAGUGCACAGACAGGCGAGAGAUGCAGCUGUCAGCUAGCAGUCUGUCAUCUGAGGGCUCAAGCAGUGAGGGAGGAGCAGACAAGGGUACAACUGUUCGACUGCUGUGGUUGUCCAUGUUUAAGAUGCCGAGGCAAUUGUGGAGAUUGUGCAUAUGUCACCUCCUCACGUGGUUCUCCAUUAUAGCUGAAGCUGUGUUUUACACGGAUUUCAUGGGGCAAGUCAUUUUCAAAGGAAAUCCCAAGGCACCAGCCAAUUCCACAGAGCUACAGAAUUAUCACAGAGGAGUACAGAUGGGCUGUUGGGGACUGGUGGUCUACGCUGCUACUGCUGCUGUUUGCUCUGCCAUCCUUCAGAAGUACCUGGAUAAUUUUGAUCUGAGCAUUAAGGUCGUCUACAUCGUUGGAACUCUGGGAUUCUCAAUAGGAACUGCAGUCAUGGCGAUCUUCCCUAAUGUUUAUGUUGCCAUGGUGAUGAUCAGUAGCAUGGGAAUCAUCUCCCUGAGUAUCUCCUACUGUCCCUAUGCAUUACUUGGGCAAUACCAUGAAAUCAAAGAGUACAUUCACCACAGUCCAGCAAACACUCGGAGAGGUUUUGGUAUUGACUGUGCCAUCUUAUCCUGCCAGGUCUAUAUCAGCCAGAUUUUGGUUGCGUCCGCCCUGGGAGCUGUGAUAGAGGCAGUUGGCAGCGUGCAGGUCGUUCCUGUAGUGGCAUCUGGAGGCUCCUUCCUUGGCUUCCUUACUGCCUGUUUCCUCGUCAUUUAUCCUGACAUGGAGCCCAGCAGCUCAGAGCAGGACCAGGGCUUGGUGGAUACGUCUGGAGAUUCAGACCAGAAUAAAGAAAGAACCAGUGACCAGAGACUGGCUCUGCUGAGCAUCACAGACGGAGACAGUUUAAAGAUGACAGAGAAUCACUCUGAUGCAUAAGCAUGAAGACGGAGCAUAGUUGAGGUUUAUCCUCACCAAGUACAAGCCAUAGCAUGCGAGGAUUAUACCAAAUGCGUCUAAUUUACAUAUUUGACAGUCUGUGCUUUUCUAAAGGAGGAAAGAUAUCAAAAGAGGGGAAACAUGACAGAAAGUUGAUGACCCAUUUAUAGAAAUAUGGGAAGGAUGGAUUUGGCUAGAUAUCUUCUUGGAGUAGAGGACUGAAUUAGCUCAGUUUUAGGCUGCUCUGCUUGUCCUGUUGCUACCUCAACCCUAAUACAGGGUUUCUGCGGGUCCAUAAAAAGUCUAAAAUCCAAUAAGUCUUAAGUCUUAAAUUUAACUUGUUGAAAUCUGCAGAAACCCUGUAAUAAAUACAUUUAAAUGUUUGAAUGGAUAGAUGAAAGCCAUUAAAACACAGAGCCACGCAACAGUGAUUUGGUCAGACUGUUGAAACCCACUUAGCUCAGACUACUGAGGCAAACACAAGCCUUUAUUGCGAAAACAUAAAUGGGAAGCACACAAAGCACUUUUUAUCUCACUUCUGAACAGCACUGUCACACUCAUGCUCCAGAAUGUUUGACCUUUAACUUCACGGAAGCUGCUCUAUAAUUGCUAUUCGGACAAUUGUGAUGCUCUAAAGGUGUUACUUUGUGUAGCUCUGCAUUACAUGUAGACUGAAUACAGAUGUGUAUAUUAGUUCCAGUCUGUUCUGGGAAUACCUUGAAAUAACAUUGUUAUUUUAUGCCACAAAGUUUCCAAACUACGCGUAUAAUCUUAUACAUUUGUUGUAGACAUACACAAAACAGUUUGUUUAAUUUCAUACACUUUUUUAUUCACAUUUAUGAUGUUGGAACCUGAUAACAUAGCAAGCUAGUCUGCAGUUCAAAGUGCUCUUUUAGGAUUUUUUUUAUGAUCGCCUAUACAGAAGCAGCAAAAUUCUUAAUGCCAUAUUCUCCUUUCAUGCCAUGAUAGACAGACAACAUGUUGUCAUAAUGUAGUUAAGAUACUAAGCCUGCACUGUAGUUGAUAGAUGACAGAUUUUUCACUGCCAUUACCGUGAACCUACACUGUAAAUGGUAGGUUCUCAUGGCCUCUCAUAUUUGACCUCAAGGGGUUCUGGGUUUCAGUGUGAUUAUAUUUCAGGGUGUCAUUCAUUUUGCUUGAAUUCAUUUUAAAGAUGUUUUGAAAUAUACAUUCCAAAUACAGUUGAAAUGGGAAAAUAGUUAAUGAUGAGCUUAUGUUUAUCAUAGCAUAUUUGUCAUAUACAGUCUUUGAAAAAUAAUUGGAUAGAAAUACUUAUUUACCCUUGUAAAAGAGACUGGACUUUCUAUUUGUACUUUGUAUUGGAGGCCUUGCUUUACAUAUUAGGUUACUGUGCCUUUCUGAUCAUAUGACAGCUGUAAAACUCUGCCUUGCUGUACAAAAAGGAUAUAUAACAAGAUAGAUAGCACCCACACUGCCGUGUGUGAGUUAAUCUCAGAAUUACAAACAUGAAAGGUACCAGAGAGUCUUCUGAGGAUUAUUAUGUGUGUUUAGCAUAGUUUUCUACCACACUUUAACACAUAAUUUAGUGUCAUGAACCUAAUGUUAUAAGCUACACACUUAUGUACAGUCUUACUUUAACAGCCUAGUGUCUACUCUCUAAAGGCUCCGCUUCAGCAGAACCUUAUCUCUGCUGAAUUUGAGAGUUGGUGUAAAUGCCCACAGCAGCCUUAAACUCACUGUUCAUUUAAUUUUGGCGUUUUAAUGUCACUUGGUUUGAAACUGUUCCAGAGACCUAUAAUGCUGCAUAUCAAAUGGUAGAGAGGACCACUUCUAUGCAAGACCAAGGACUGAUCUAUGCAAACUUGAAUUUCCCUUGGCUGGGGUGUUAUGACCAAAUGAGCCUAGAAAACAAGCACAGGACCUUCUCGCAAGUGAAAACACUUCAAAGGUUCUCACACUUCUGACCUCUGAGCAAGAUGUUUAUUAUCAUUACACCCUUGAGAGACUUUUUCCUUACUCUGUGUAUCAGUAUUUGGGAAAUGCUAACAGUAUUUGCUGGGACCCUGUAUCCUGGUAACUAUGCCAUUGCUUUGCAAGUCAUGAGAGAAAGGUGUCUUUUAUGGUGUGUUCACUGUCAUUUAGGAUUUAAGGCCUCAAGAUUUACACAACCUGAUUUACAAGCACUACAAAGGGAACAUCCUCAUUGUUUUGAUUUUUGCAUCAGAUAUCAAAGGGAAAGUGUUGAGACAAUUAAUACAAAAUAAUAUAAUUAAUAAUAAUUUCUUUUUGUAAAUAAUGCAAGUGUGUGUGACGUGGCGUGUGCCAUCAUGUUCUUAGCGAAUUGUUCUGGAGCUGUUCUUUAAAAACACCUUUUGAAGAGAUGUAAGGGUAUAUAGUUUUGUUAGUGGCUGAAAUUCAUUUUUGCUAAUGUUAUGUUUUUCAACUGAUAUACGGUACUAAUCCAAUUGCAUUAUAGCAAAUCAGUGUAAAUUAAAACAGAGCAGGAAAUUUCCAGCUUGGAAUCUGUGGAAACGUUAAAACUUUUUCUUUUUCACAUUUUUUCCCCAAGAAAUUGAAUGUUUUCUUCACAGCAUACACUACUGUUUCAGUAAUUAGUUGCUUUAGUUUGGUUUAAUGAUUCAUUUAACUUCAGCUGGUCUAAAUGUUUCAGGGAUAUUUCCAUCGCACUAAGAAGCUCUGUCUGUGGGAAAUACUCGUGUUUUCAUGCUGAAUAAGAAAAAUAAUUUCUUGGAACCAGCCCCUGGCUCAUUGAAAUUGUUUUGAUUUUAUACAAAUGUUAAGACUUUUUGGAUGAUAGUCUGUGUUUUAUUUUGAAAGUCAAUCACUGGUGUGUUUUUAAGUGAUUUUUUGGUUCUUUUCGCUGCUGUACAGACUUUUGUACAAUGUAAAAUGGUAUUUUUGUACCAGUUAUUUGAAAAAAAAACAAAGAAUUCACCCUCA